AUGGACAAUGUUACUCAUGACUGGGAUGCGUGGGCGCAACGAUACGGGGCCUGGCCUCAUCAGCUGGAAGCAUUCAGAAAAGCCCUCAGCCAGAACUCGAUCCUGAACAUGCCGACCGGCAGUGGGAAGACUCUGGUUGCGUGCAUGCUACUGGACGCGCUGGGAGUUCCGAGCGUCUUUGUGGUGAACUCACGUGCGCUUGUGGUGCAGCAGUCGGAGUAUCUCCGCCGGCACAGCUUGCAAAGCUUCUCUGUGGGUAGCACUCCCCAAGCCGAGGUCUUUGUCGCAACCGGCGAGGUGAUUCGGAUCGCUCUCGAGACGGGGCAGAUUGCUGCCCAACAGCUUCGCUGCGUAAUCUUCGAUGAGGCACACCAUGCGGUAGGUCGCCACCCCUACGCCGAAGUCCUAACACAGCUGAGAGAGGGCUGCUGCCCGGCACGGAUAUUGGGACUCACAGCCAGCUUCCUGCAUGGAAACUCGGAUCCGGAACGCCGGCUGGAGGUGCUGGAGGACCGCUUCAGGGCCCAGGCUUUCUCGCCCCAGGUUCACCCGGCCUUGUCUCACAGCGAGCGGCGCUUCACGGCAGUGCCCUGGUUUGAGGCACAAGAUGAAGCGGCCUUCACAGCGGCGGCGGCCUACGCCAGCUACGCGAGGCACUUGGAUGUCCUUGUCGAGAACUUGGCAAAGGUGGAAUUCAACUGGGAGCUUCAGAGCUCCCUUGCUCGAGAGAAGGGCCGCCUCCGUGGAGUCUUGGAGAGCCUGGGGCCUGCAGCCUGGCAGCCCUUCGUGCAGGAAAGCCUCGUCGAAGUGGUCCAGGCGAAGCUCUCCAGCAAGUUGGCUUUUGCAGAUGAUGCCGGAGACACCGAGUGCUUGCAGAGGGCCCUGGUACUGCUGCCUCGUUGCCGGGAAGUCCUGGCCAGGGUGACCUCAGUGAGUGAUGAGGUGAGCGGGAAGUUUGAGGCACUGUGCCAGCUUCUGAGGCGUCUGCUGUCGGGUUCGAAUGGUUCGACUGACAAGAUCUUAGUCUUUGUUGAGCGCGUGUCGGUGGCUGGGCCCAUGGCACGGCUUCUGGAAGCAUCCACCGGGGUCGAGAUCGCCCAUGUUUGUGGCGUGCAGGGGAUGGAGGAGGGUCUUCGACAGUGGAAUCUGCAGCGGUUCCGCACCACCUGCCAAGUCUUGGUGGCCACCACAUCUCUGGAGGAAGGUUUGGAUGUGCCAGACUGUCGCUAUGUGGUGCGUUACGACUUCUUCAGCAGUGCCAAGAGCCACGUCCAGGGAGCCGGCCGUGCGCGACAUGGCGAAGCAGAGAUUUUCUAUUUCGACAACGACCCAAACAGGGAGGAAGACCGUCGGCGUCGCGUAGAAGAUGCCCUGAGCCGGGAAGCCCCCAUGGGCUCCGAGCGGGAGCCGCAAAGGCCGGAGGCCCCGGCUUGUUCCGUUCUUCCAAGUGGCAGGGGCGAAGAGGAAGGCGCCGGGGAAGGCGGCGAGGGUAUUGGCCAUGCCUGGGGCGAGGAGAAGACUCUUUGGGACUAUCGUCAGAACAAAUCCUUUAGGGGCAUGACGUGUGCCUGUGGUGCACUUCUGCACAUCACCAGCCGUGCUUACGGGCGGGGUCGGAAGAAGAAGGAGCGCAUUUUCUCGGUGCAAGGCGCGGUGGUCUGCCCGCUUUCGCUAAGUCCCAUUCCCGAGCUGAGACAAAAUGGGAAGAGGGCGACGGGUGCAUGCUUGGCGCUUGGACUGUGUCGCACUGCAUUGUUCCACAGUCCAGCCCGCCCCCACCGCUGCUUCCGAGCCGCCUACACUAGGCCUAGGCCACUAGGCCCUAGGUGCCAUGGACCUUUACGGAUAGUGUGGUGA